AUGGCUUUGGGAUUCAAGGUGAAGGGCUAUAUAUCUUAUGAUUUCUAUGAGAAAUCAUGCCCUCAUGUUGAGGACAUUGUUAGAAGUGCCCUUCAAGCUAUCCUUCCCUCUGAUCCCACUGCACCUGCAGCUUUGCUGAGGCUCAUGUUCCGUGACUGCCAUGUUCAGGGCUGUGAUGCGACGAUCCUUAGUGAUCCUGGCAUGGAAAAUGUUCCUAUGGAGAUGGCUUCGCGUAGGAAUUUUGGAAUUCAACAGAGAGAGCUAAUUGGCAUUUGA